CCAGAAUGAUGAAUUGUAUAAGCCAAAUGAACACUAAUUGGUUUUCACAAAGUUGGUUUGAGAAUGGAAGAAAGAGAGGAGUUGCAAUCGAUUCUGGCAUAUCUACCCGUGGUCAUGCGUUGUUCCUCUCCGUUUUGGCCGUCCCAAGCGGUGGAAACACUGAGAGAACUCGGAGGAGGGCGAGUCAACUCGGGCCACCACUUUUUCCAAGCCAUUUCUGACCUCAGAAACGCCCUUUCUCUCUCUUCCGAACCCUUAGCCCCUUCCGCUCCGCAUGGCUAUGCCCUCUUCUUCGACGAGGUUAUGUCUGGAGAGGAAUCUAGCAAGUGGUUUCAGGAGGUGCUUCCCGCAUUGGGGAAUUUGCUUUUGAGGUUACCCUCUUUGUUGGAAUCACACUAUCAAAACACUGAUAAUAUGGCUAUAGAUGGAGAGGCAGGAGCUAUGCUCACUACUGCUCUUCGCUUGUUGGAUUCACAGCAACCAGGGAUAGUCUUCCUUACCCAGGAGUUGAUUGCUGCUCUUCUUAGCUGCUCAUUAUUUUGUCUAUUCCCAGUCAGUGACAGACCUGUGAUACAUCUUCCAAUGAUUAACUUCGAUGUAUUGUUUGGGAGUCUGUAUGAUGAUUACAGUCAAAAACAGGAAAAUAAGAUUUGGUGCAUCGUUCACUAUUUUCAAAGGAUAAGUUCUGAAAUGCCCAAGGGUAUUGUCUCAUUUGAGCGAAAAGUACUUCCCUUCAAAAAUGAUUCUAUUCAUAUUUCUUACCCAGAUGCUAAUUUUUGGAGCACUUCUGCUAUACCUCUAUGCAGAUUUGAGGUUCACAGUUCAGGGCUCAUAGAAGAUCAAUCAAGUGGAGCUGUUGAAGUAGAUUUUGCAAAUAAAUAUCUUGGGGGAGGUGCUCUUGGCAGGGGGUGUGUACAGGAGGAAAUCCGCUUCAUGGUCAGUCCAGAACUGAUGGUUGGCAUGCUUUUCUUGCCAGCUAUGGCAGAUAAUGAGGCUAUAGAAAUUGUUGGUGUGGAAAGGUUCUCAAGUUAUACAGGGUAUGCUUCAUCAUUUCGAUUUUCUGGUGAUUAUGUGGAUGAAAGGGAAGUAGACACUCUUGGAAGACGGAAAACUAGGAUUGUUGCAAUUGAUGCAUUAUGUAGCCCAGGGAUGAGACAAUACAGGGCAAAUUUUCUCCUCCGUGAGAUCAAUAAGGCAUUCUGCGGUUUUCUGUACCAAUGUAAAUAUCAACCGUAUCAGAAAAUAUUGCAAGAGAAUGGAUGUACAUCUGCACUGUUCUAUGCUGCCACCUCAACAUCUAUGGAAACAGAUGAAGGAGAAAUUUCCAACCACAAAAUUACAAAUUCUCAAAAUGAUUACCACGGGAUGGAUCAGGGCAAUAAUAUUGGGGUUGCAACUGGAAACUGGGGAUGUGGUGCCUUUGGAGGAGAUCCUGAAGUAAAGACAAUAAUUCAGUGGCUUGCAGCUUCUCAGGCUCUAAGACCUUUCAUAGCUUACUACACAUUUGGCUUGGAGGCAUUGCAGAGCCUAGACGAGGUUGCUCAUUGGAUUUUGUCUCAGAGAUGGACAGUUGGGGACCUAUGGAACAUGCUAAUUGAGUACUCAAUAAAUAGAUCAAAAGGAGAAACUAAUGUGGGCUUCCUUCAAUGGCUCCUUCCAUCAAUAUAUGGCCAUGGUGCUAGGAUGGAUUUGCCAAAUCUGGCUUAAUCUUCUGUUGUUGAACCUUCUGUUGUUGAACGUCUUUCUCUUUUGUCAAUGUUCUCACUUUGAAGGAGCUGUGAAAAGGUAUGCUGUGCAUAGUUUGGUUUGUGGACUUCCAAGUUUUAUCACUCUUACAUGACUACACUGCAGACCGUGAAGCUAGAAUCUACAGCAUAAAGGAUAUAAUGAUGUUUUUUUAGCAAAGUGCUACUAGAGACUCUUCUGUUUUAUUGUGUUUAGCUUUGGAGUAGAGAGGGUGGAUACAAAAAAUAUACUAUCCGGAUUCUCUUCUUACAUUUAAAAGGUGCUGGAAAGGAAACAUUUGUUUAUGUCUUUUGCGUGCAAUGAAGGAAAGAUACAAAAGUAAUGUAAAGACAAUAUUUGUACAACCAUUGUUGAUCCGAGUCCUCUGAAGAAGGAAAUAUCCUUGUUGAUGUCAGAUAUAUGUUUUACUUGAAUAGUCAGCAGCAGUCAAAUUUCUCUUUUAUCUUGAUCAGGAUUCCAAAUUUUUUCUUUCAAAGUGGUGCACCCAUAUUUUUUGAUUAUUGCCGCAGCUGUGCAAUUUCCGCUGUAGUGAAGUCUACAGGGGCAAAAUGCUUUGUGGUAAUGGAAGUGGAAUGCAAAUAGUUGGAAGGGGGAUUUGAUCCAUCAAACUUGCACUCAGCUAUGCCUACCCCUUCGAUUGUCAAUCUUGCCUUCAAAAACUGUAAGGCACUUCCCUGAACUACAAGAUGGCCAAAACCUAAAUCUAGGUGGUUUAAUUUCUGAUGAGGAUUGAUGAAUUUCCAUCUGCUGCUGAUAAGCUUUUCUGGGAGCAAAGGCUGACCAUGCCAUUCUUGUUAGCAGUCAAAUAGCUUUGCCCUCGAGAACUUGUUCAUAUAGUUGCUAAACCUCUGAAUGAAUGUGAUGCAUAUGUAGUCAAAAUAUUCUAGACGAAGAAUCUCAUUAUUUUUUUUAAUUUUCAUCAUCUUUCUCUUCAAAUGAUUGUACAUCCUUCUUGCUGCUCAAGUAAGUAAUACACAAAAAAAGAAACCUGUUUCAA